AUGUCCCGUCCGCUUCUUCCAGCUCCUCUUCAUCAUCACUCGCAACCUGGUCCUAAAGCCACAGCUACGAUAUCCAGCAAAUAUCCAGCACGAAGACAAAAGACGAUUGCAACGGCCUGCAAGCACUGCCGCCUGCGUAAGACCCGAUGCGAUGGUGCUCGGCCGCAAUGCUUGACCUGCCGGAGGCUCAACGUCGUGUGUCAGUAUCAGGAGAGUGUAUCACAAAACCUCAACGCGUACCAAGAGCUGUUCCAUUUUCUCGCCACUAGGACAAUUGAAGAGGCUACAGAGGUUCUCGGCAGGAUUCGAAGAGGGCAUAGUGUCCAGGAGGUGCUUCGGCAUAUCCAAGAUGCCGACCUUCUCCUCCAGCUUCAUGUCGUGCCGGAUGCCCAGUAUCAGUAUUCGUUCCCUUAUUCCAAAGCCAUGCCCGCAUCCCUAAUCCAAGAGGGAAAUUCUUACCUUGAUUCUUGGUUGUACAAGUACUCCUCAUUUGAGAAGCAGCCGCACAAUCAAAUCGAGUUACCGACCAAGGAUCCUAUUAUCUACCAGGUUCCAUAUCAUGCUGCUCAAAUUGUCGAUCCCCGUUUCAACACAAUAAAGGCAAAGAGAUGGACCAUGAUUAUCGACGAUGACGAGCUUCUCAGUAAGCUUCUGCAAAUUUAUUUCCUCACAGAAUACACUUGGUAUCCAGCCUUUCAGAAAGACUAUUUUCUGGAAGACAUGGCAGCUGGCCGCAAGCAAUAUUGCUCCUCCCUUUUAGUCAAUGCGAUUCUUGCAUCAGCUUGUCAUGGCAAUUCCAAGACGAUGGAUCGUGCCAAAUUUUGGAACCCACGGACUUUGGGCUACCAAUUCUUAGCAGAAGCACGCCGACUGUGGGAAUUCGAGGCCGGAAACGCGCAACUUACAACCAUUCAGGCCGCAAUUGUGAUGACAAUCGUGCAUGGCGCGAAUGGAAACGACAAGAUUGGAAAGUCAUAUCUGACGCAGGCUGUCUCAGCGGCUCAUGGCAUCCAGCUGUUUUCCCCUCCAACGCAAGCUAUUGAUCACGUUGAGGGUAAUGCGAGAGCCAUCACAGCGUGGGCAUUGUUCGGAGUGCAAGCUGUCCAUAGCUUUCACGAGUUCAAAGCACCAUUGUUGGACGCGCCGCCCAAGAUCGCAUUGCCUUCUACUGUCGAAAGCUCCAACUGUUACGGCGAGUUCUGGCUACAGUACCCGCCUAAUAGACAACCUGUGCCGGUAAGCUAUGGCAAUACCUUUAAAGCCAUUGCCGACUUCCGGAGCAUUAUGAACGAUGUUGCUGCAGCGUUCUUCAGCAAAGUUAACAGAGGUUCGGGCGCCACAGUGCAUAGGAUCCAAAUGUUCUGCAUUCAGCUUGAUGACUGGUAUCGAAAUCUUCCGGCGGACCUUACAGCAAGAAACCUAUGCUUUCCGUGGCAACUCAAACUUCAUAUGCACUACCACAAUCUGAGCAUACAUCUUCUAGAAACACUGACUAUCAUCUCCAAACCUGCGACUUACGACAUAAACGUCCAGAAGACACUGAGCGGCGCAAAGGUUCGGCUGGAAACACUCUUGCGGUUGUACUACCUCCGACACGGCUACGAGUCAUAUGACAUCUUCAUGGUCAGCGUCCUAUCCUUCCUAGGCUUCAUACACAUCAAGGCUUUGAAGGGUGCCGAGGCAAUAGAAGUCGAAAGUAGACGGUCGAUAGUGGCACUGACCGCGCAAGGACUCCGUGACCAGAGCCGGAAUUGCUAUGUGGCUGGGUUAGUGUUCCGAGUCAUGAAAGGCAAUAUGGGCGUCGAAGGUCAGAGUCUACUGAAGGAGAUUGAAGACCUGCCAGAAGAAAACGAAGAGGAGAAGUUGCUGGUGGCAGAGCAGGUGCAAGCUUCGUGGCCGAUCGAUAUUGAGCGGAUUGAUAUAGAACCGGAGAAGCAGCGGUUAGGGAACUUGGUCAAGAGGAUAAAUGAAUUGCGUGUUUGA